CGCGGCCGGCUGGGGCUCGGAGUGGGGGCGGGCGGAGGCGGCGCCGCCCAGCGGGAUCCGGGUUGGAAGCCUCGCGGAGUGCCGCGUCCCAACCGAGGGGCGCCCGGCGAGUCCCCGCGCGAGCGGAGAGUGUCAGAGGCAGAAGCAGCAGCAACAAAGUUCCCGGGGCUUCUCCGAGGCUGCUGUCCGGGUUGCCUGUUUGGCCGCCCCUUCCCUGCCUGGCGAAGGCAAUGGCUUCCAAACUCCUGCGCGCGGUCAUCCUUGGGCCGCCCGGCUCGGGCAAGGGCACCGUGUGCCAGAGGAUCGCUCAGAGCUUUGGCCUCCAGCAUCUCUCCAGCGGCCACUUCUUGCGGGAGAACAUCAAAGCCAACACCGAAGUUGGUGAUAUGGCAAAGCAGUACAUAGAGAAAGGUCUUUUGGUUCCAGAUCAUGUGAUCACACGCCUCAUGAUGUCGGAGCUAGAGAACAGGCGCGGCGAGCCCUGGCUGCUAGAUGGUUUUCCUAGGACAUUAGUUCAGGCUGAAGCCCUGGACAAAAUCUGUGAGCUGGAUCUAGUGAUCACUUUGAACAUUCCAUUUGAAACACUCAAAGAUCGUCUCAGCCGACGUUGGAUUCACCCCCCUAGUGGAAGGGUAUAUAACCUGGACUUCAAUCCACCUCAUGUACAUGGGUUUGAUGACAUCACGGGUGAACCGUUAGUCCAGCAGGAGGAUGAUAAACCCGAAGCCGUGGCUGCCAGGCUAAGACAGUACAAGGAUGUGGCAAAGCCAGUCAUUGAAUUAUACAAGAGCCGAGGAGUGCUUCACCAAUUUUCUGGGACAGAGACUAACAAAAUCUGGCCCUAUGUUUACACGCUUUUCUCGAACAAGAUCACGCCUGUUAAGUCCAAAGAAGCAUACUGAGCCUGCCCAGUGGAAGAACCAGGAAAAUGUCGUUCAUUCAGUUGUAUGUGUAGUAUUUUGCUGCCGUGUCCAAGUUAGAAGCUAGUGGGGAUAGCUUGCAGCAUCUUUUCUAGUUUAAAUGGUGAACUGAAAUGAAAACGAAUGAGUAGAAAGCAUUCCUGAAGAGGCUCCUCUCUGCCUUUCACAAGAAGGGUCACCUACACCUGUCUAAGAUGCCUCUGCAUGUCUCAAGCCCUUCCCAAGAAAACAAGUACAGGCUGGACUUCGAACGGCAUCUAACCCAAACUCUAGCUGAUUGCUGACCGUCAUGUUGUUGCCAUAGUACCAUUUUCACGUGUGACAGUGUUGGCCUCUGGUCCCCUCGUCCCCUGAAGGCUGUUGAAUCAGAGCACCAGGAGGCCUUGUCCCAAGUUCUCUGGUAUGUGCCCUUCCUGGUGACCAUGCCAUUGAAGCCAGUUGCUCUUUGUGGUUGCUUCCCUCGCUGUGAGUGACUGUCCACAAUUUAUUUUUUCUGUUAGGAGUGAUACCUUUUCUGCAUCCAUGCUGCAUAGAAUCUCUCCUUUGCAGACAUCCUGGAAUGAACGGAUUUGGCUUCCACUAUUUUUAUUAGACUGUACUUUUUUUACAUCUGUUUUCUCCCUCCCUAGGCUAUGAAGUAAUACAAUAGUUACUGCUUUGAUCUCUCUCAGAUCCCUUUCUAAGAACUGAAAGCAAGGGGAGGCUGUCAAAUCGCUUCCUGCACCAGGAACUGGGCUCUGCAGAGGGUCUUCUUACGCUGCUGGGCUGACUCUUCAUGGGUUGACACUGCCCUUUUCUUUUAUUGUGAAAAAAUCCUCAAAGUCUUAGGGAGUCUCCAAAA